UCUCUUGCUCUGACGGAGCACUGGAGGAAACAGCACAGCAGCAAUGGCAGCGACCUUGUAGAGAGCGUGGCGUUCAUAGCAAUUUCAUUAGUAAAUCAAUAAAAAUGCUGCUAUAUCGGCCACACAAAGUGACAGUCUGGUGUUUAUAGUGCUCCUAUCAAGGUUCACAUGAUGAUUUCCUUCAUCAAGGCUGCUGUAGGCGGGUUGGCCAGUAUCUGUGGAGCUCCUGGUCACCGACAAGGACCUUUGUACAGACACUUCAGAGUCCUAGCUGCUGGGUUUAAGACGUAUGAAAUCCCUCCAGACUACAGUGAUGUGGUGCUUCCAGAGAAACCUAAACUAAAGUUUAUGAACAAGGUGCCUAACUUUAAAAGGGCUAAGAAAGAGAUGAAGAAGCUGAGGGAUAUCCAAGGCCCAGCUAGGGCAGCAAAUACCUUCACUAAGGGACAGUACGCUAUUGUGGCCAUGGGAGGGGGCUACCUUCAUUGGGGUCACAUAGAGAUGAUGCGUCUGACCAUCAACCGCAAGAUGGAUUCCCAGACUACAUUUGCCCUCUGGCGCAUCAAUGGCCCAUAUAAGCCCAUCACUCGUAAAGGUCUGGGUCAGCGCAUGGGUGGUGGAAAGGGGGCCAUUGACCACUAUGUGACACCUGUCCGCUACGGUCGUUUAAUCGUGGAGGUGGGAGGAAAGGUGGAGCUGGGCGAGGUUGAACAUAUCUUGACUGAAGUGGCAAAGAAGCUACCCUUCCCUGCCAAGGUGAUGAGCAGAGAGAGCCUAGCAGCCCUGCAAAAGAAGCAGGCUGAAAUGGAGCAGAACAAUCAGAAUCCCUGGACCUUUAAGCAGAUAGUGCAGGGCAACAUGCUGGGUAUUAGGAAGGUGCUCAGCCCCUUUGACCUGCACAACCAUGGACGCUUCACAGGCAAAUUUCACCUCCCGGGGAGGGUGUGACAGUUAUACUGUCAUACUGUAACACCAUCCAGACCGCACCAUUGAAGAGGCAGCCAAGAUUCUGGAAACCUCUGACAGUCAUAUAUGAUUUCUGACAGUCAUAUUUAGAGAUUUGCUUUCAUUUUUUAUGCAGUUAUAUUAGUGAAUUUGACAUUUUGUUAAAAGGGUGUUUUGUUUUGUUUUGUUUUCUUUCCUUUUACUGCUUAAAAUAACGAAUAAAAUAGAUUAUGUAUUUGA